AUGCUUCGCGAGCUCAUGCGAAAGAUUCGUCUAAUUACACGAAAUGAUUUGAUAAUCGAUUGGCGAAUAUUCUACAAUUGGGCUCAACUCAUUUAUGAUAAUCAUGAUAAAACACAUGGAUUAGUCAUUCUGCCUAAAGACAUUAAUAUGUCACUUUUUGCUUGUGUGCGACUAUGUGCUUCAUACUUUUCAGCACAGACCACUCAAGAAAUUCUUGAUGAAUUACGUCCACGAAUAUGUCCAUUCGAUUCAAGUUUUGUUAAUACCAUCAAAAUGUUUACUCUGCUUCUUCCUGUCAAUCUGCCUCCAGAUUUGCACAAUCAAGGAUUCAAAUUAUGGCUAGCUGAGUUUUUCGGUAUAUGGGCAAAUAUACAGAAGACAUCAGCAUGGAAAUCAUAUCUUUGUGUUCUAUUUUCAUCGGUUGCCUGGAAUAAUAUAGGUCAUAUUCAUUGGGAACCUUGGAUGCCACAGAUUUUUACGCACAUACUUCGAAGUUUUUCGCUUCCGAUUGGUAAAAUACAAAUAUCUUUAGAAGAAUACAAUCCCAUUGUGUCAACUUCAACAAAAUGGAUCAUUGCAAUGAUAGGCAAUGGAGGUUCAUGUCUUCAAUAUUUGCGAGAUCUAUUAAUGGCUAUGAAAAGUUUCUAUCAUCCAUCGAAUACGGGAGCAUUUCAAAAGGAUCUAGUCGAGUUUAUCCUAGGACUUGCUCAAAAUUUUGUCGAUCGAGUUCAUUUGGAACGUACAAGUCGCCCUGUUUGGUCCUUUGCACCACUAGAGUCAUAUCGACUCACUGAACAAGAUAUUACUGAUUUUGUCAAUUGUGUGAAAGACUAUGCAUUCAUUUCUAUUUUUAAUAAGGAUUAUACUGAAGAAGCAGCUAAAACUUGCAAAUAUCUUUCUAUACUUCGACCAGAAUUAAUUAUACCAUCAAUUGUUGAAAAACAUUUUUCAUCUAUUGAUUGUAUGACUGAACCACAUCGUUUCACAUCAAUCAUUACUUGUUUAACACAUAUUGCUCGUCAAAUAGUCCAACAAACAUCAGCUUAUUCUCAAGGACAAAUUUAUGUAUUACCAAUACUAAUGUCUGUGUUACCGGGUAUUGAUUUAAAUGAUUUGGAAAAAACAUCAGUUACAUUAGAAUUUCUUGAUACAAUUCUUAUGCUUAUUACAUGUGUUGAUUGUUCAUCAGCAGUGAACACUCGAAAUGAUCUAACAGAAAUUGAAAAAGAAGUAUGUCUAUCAACAGCAAGCUUUGAAGAUUUCAUUGUUGAAUUUCUCAAUCGAAUAUUUCAAAUGAUUGACGUAUUAUCAGCAGAUAUGUCCGAUGCUGUCACAAAUAACGCAGAUAUUGAUAUAGAUGAUAUUAUGAUCAACUGGAAACUAACAACGAUCAUGUUCAAUAUAGUUCAGCAGUGCAGUAGCAAAAUUUUUCAAAAAAUUCGAGAAAAAGUGAUAAAUUUUGUUUCUGGUGUAUGUUUAUCAUCCCGAGUGCGAGACAUUGUCUCUAGUCUCGUUCAAGCACUUGUCAAAGGAAAUCCAGUCGAAACACUCAAGUAUCUCAUGCCUAAAACAUGUGAAUCCAUCGAAAAAAUAUUAAACAAUUCCGAAUCAACUAUAUUAUUAACUGAUCAUAAAGGUGAUAUUGAACUGACUUGGUAUUUAAUUCUCUUUGCAGAGCUUGUUCAUGCUCGUGGUGAUGCUCUCAUGAUCUAUAAAUCAAUGAUAAUGUCUGUUUUUCGUCAAUGUAUUUAUUUUAUUAACAAGAAUUCAUACGAAACUAUUGCUCAUGCCAUUGAACAUUUACUCGAGUCACUUACUCAUGUAUAUCCAAUCGAUUAUCGAUUAACGAUUGAAAAUAUUGAGGAACCAUUUGUUGACUUUUUGCCAAUUCGAGCUUGGGGACAAUAUGUUGAUUUCAAUAAACUUCAAGUUCAAUUUCAUAUUCCAAAUGAAGAUGAAAUUGAUUUUGCCUGUGAAUUUGUCAAUACAUUCCUGUAUCCUGAAUUAACCUUAUUGAAUGAAAAAGGUUUAAAAAUAUCGAAUGAUGAACGAUUAAGAUCGCUCACUAUUAUUCAAUCUAUAGCCACCGAGUGCUUUCGAAUGAUACCACGUAUCGAAAGUGAACAAAUACAAAAUCUUAUACCAUCAGUUGUUCCUUUUGAGUCAAAAUAUCAAAUUCAAUUUCCAAUCUAUUCUAAAGAACUAAUUUCAGAAUUUAAAGAAAAUUUACGAAUGCGCUUAUUCAUUGAUAUUGGAAAGUUACUCGAUCUAUUGAUUGAAAAUAAUUCGGAUGAUGUUGCAUCCAUGACAACCGCUCUGAAAUUCUAUUCAUUGACGUCUAUCUAUUAUGGUAUAAAUGAAAGUUAUAUUGAAUUUUCACGUGAUGAAUUUACUUCUCACGAACAAUUAUUAAAGAAUAAACUAUGUGGUGAAGGGCAAAAUAAUCGUUUUUUGUCAAUCCAAAAAAUAGGAUUACAAAUCGAAGAACUCGAACUAAGUAAUGUUGGAAUAUUGAAUGACAUCGAUAAACAAAUCAUACUCAAAUUAUUUGAACUAUCGAUUAAUCGAUAUAGUGAAGUUCGUUGCGCAGCGCAAACUGAACUUUUCAAAGUUCUCAAGUAUUAUCAAUUCUCAUUUCAAGUAAUUAUCGAUCGCAUUGCCGAACUAUUUAAUACACAAGAUGAAGUUGAUCAUGAUCAAAUUAAAGGAUGUCUCUAUAUUCUUUUGGGUGAUGAUUCUUUUUUCUUGCCUACUAAAUAUUCGUGGGCAAUGAAAGAAAAAUUGUGGCCAUCAAUUGUACGAAUGGCUCAUGCAAAUAAAAUUAGUAUACAAAAUUUGAUUGAUGAUAUUCAUGAAAAAAUUUGCGACGAGUUCGUUACGCAAGUUAUUAUUCAAAAUACCAAUGAAAUAUCGAUACAUGCGGCAAUAGGUCUAUGGCAUCCUUUAGAACCAAGCGAAAUAGAAACGCGUAAUGAAUCCAAUCAAACAGAUAUUCAAUCAUACAGUAAUCUAAUAGAAGCGCUUAAUCUAUCACUAGUAGAUGAUAUACUAACUUGGGGUCAACAAAAGAUAGCAAUAGGAUUAUUAUGUCUUCUACUUCAAAAGUUUGUGCCAAUAUCAUCAUCAUGUAUUGAAACAUUCGUUGGUUUUCUCGUUCAUGAUAAUAUUGAAUUACGAAGGUACGCUACAAUAGGUAUUGUAGCAUUUUGUCGUUUACAAAAAUCACCUCGAAUCUAUAUCGAAAAAUCUCUAGAAGAAAUUUUUCAUAACAUCAGUAAAUCACUACCAGUUAUGAUGAAUGAUGAAUGUUAUCCCGGUGAUCGUGAUGAUAAUUCAUGGAUAACAAUCGAUGAUUAUAAACCACCUGAGACACAGAUUGAAUGGGAACAAACAUGUUUUUUGGAUAAACCAUUUCAUGGUUAUUACACCUGGCCAAAGAUGAUCAAAUACGCAUUGAAUAAACGAGAACGCUACACACUAAAUAAUAUGCCAGAAGACGUGACUAUUUUAUAUGAUCGUUUUAUUGACAAGAAUUUUGUAGAACAAGUGAUAGAAUUUAUGAUUUUGGAUGAAGAUGAAGACGGAAGCGAGAUAAAUUUCGAUAAAACUCAAUUUGUCAUGUUCAAAGGUCUCCUUCGCAAUUUCGGUCUUGCUUUUCUGGACAAUUUCAUGGAACAAUUGUACGUGCUUAUUCAUGAAGAAAAAAAAGAAAAACAGGCAAGUAGUCAUCGGGUGGCAGCUGAAAUAGUAGCUGGUAUGAUAUGUGGUUCAAAAUAUUGGACAUUAGAAAUGCUUAAUGAACUCUGGGAAAAGCUCACACCAUUUCUUACUGAAGUUUGCACAAAUCUCAAUUUCGAAACUUUCUCCUAUUGGAAUACAUGCUUCAAAUAUAGUAUGGAGAAUAAAGAUCCUCGUCGUAUAUAUCGACUCAUUCACUUUAUUUGCACAUUGAUCAAUACUAAAACAAUGUUGAAUACAUUCAACGAAAUGUCUCGCUGGACUCUAAUAGAAAAUUUAAGAGAAUUUCAAUGGCGUAUUCCAUCUGUUUGGUGUAAGAUUAAUGACUAUGCUAAAACACUUCUUGAUCAUCCAUACAAAGAUGUACGAGAAAGUAUUGCCAAUAUAUUAUCAAUAUCAAUUAGCUUUGAUAUAACGUUGUUCAAUGGAAAAUCGACACGCCAGCCUAAUACUAGUCAAUUUAUCGAUACUAUAUGUAAACAAUUGCAGCAAGCUAUUGAAAUUCAUGAAAGGACGUCAUUAAUCAAUAUAUCGGAUGAAGUCGUUGGCAUUGAUCUUGAAGCACGUAAAGCGUUGAAUUUCAUUGAAGCAGUGGUUGAUAUGCACAUGCAAUUCUUCUUCUGGUGUCAACAACCAAUAAAAAAUGCGAUAAUUCGUCUUUUUCCUUAUCUAUGUGAAAUCGAAAGCAUUGCGACCAAUGACAAUGUCUUUAGAGAAAAAUUAACAAUCAGUCGAUUAUAUGUCGGCAUGUGUUUUUUAAAUGCAAACUUUUUAGAAGUACUUAUUCAACAAUUAGAACAAGUUUGUACAAGCCCCAAAUGGCAUGCACGUCGAGCGACCAUUGAAUUUGCACAAAACAUGAUCUUUUGCAAUCUAUUUAAUGCUCGUCCUUAUUCUAAACAAUUACAUAAACUUGUACUCAAAUGUCUAUUUGAUGAACAAUUUGAAGUGCGAAUAGCUGCAUUGAUGACUUUGUCUGGCUUCUACCAAUGUGACUACAUUCAAGUGACUAAUGAAGACCUGAAAUACUUUCGUAUGAUGAGCAAGACUAAUUAUUUCACCGAAAUCGAUGGGAAGAAAGUCACAUUAUCGAACAAUAUUGCCAAACGACAUGGCGGUAUUUUGGGACUCUGUGCCAUUGUUCUCUCAAGCCCAUAUGAUAUUCCAACUUAUGUACCAGAUGCAUUGAUGCUUCUCUGUGAACAUUCGCAUGAUCCCGAUAUAAUACAAAAAUCGAUUAAAAACUGUUUGUCAGAAUUUCGUCGUACUCAUCAUGAUUCAUGGCAUGAACAUCGAGAACAAUUCACUGAAGAUCAACUGGCAGUUUUGGCUGAUGUACUCAUUUCUCACAGUUAUUAUGCUUGA